UGGCCCUCGGCGGCCGCCGUCGUCAGUUGACCCGAGCCGGAAGCGCGGGGCUCUUCCGGGCGGCGGCGGCGCGAUGGCUCCGGACCCCUGGCUCCCGCUCUACGACGCCGCUUGCCAGGUGGCCCAGGAGGUGGCUGAGAAGAUCCAGGAGCGCAACCGGUACCAGAGGAACGGGGAGAGUUCAGCCAAGCUCAAUGUGAUUAUCAGAUCGUCGUUGCAGAAUCUCAGCGAGAAGAUCGAUCAGCUGAGGGACUUACUGCUUCGGGCUGUAUCAACACACCAGAUCACACAGCUGGAGGGAGACAGGAGGCAGAAUCUGGUGGACGACCUUCUCACACGGCAGAAACAACUUCAGGCGUCUUACAAGAAUGAAGGCCCAGAACCAGACGUGAUAAGAUCUAGCCUAAUGACGGGAGGGGUCAAACGAGGCGUAACCAACCCGUGGCUCUUGGAAGAAUCUGAGGAAACCAGAGGGCUUGGCUUUGGCGAUCUCAGGCAGCAGCAGCGAAGGAUCAUAGAAGAGCAAGAUGCUGGACUCGAUGCGCUUUCUUCAAUCAUAUCCCGGCAGAAGCAAAUGGGGCAGGAAAUUGGGAAUGAACUGGAUGAACAGAAUGAGAUCAUCGACGACCUCACGAACCUGGUUGAAAACACAGACGACAAGCUCCGCAACCAGACGCGGCACGUGAAGAUGGUGGACAAGAAAUCAACGUCCUGCGGAAUGCUGGUGGUGAUCGUCUUGCUGCUGAUCGCCAUUGCCGUGGUUGCUGUCUGGCCGACACAUUAACGCGGACCCGGCGCCCGUCGGAGCUGCUCUCGGCAGCUGAGCGCCCAGGACUCCGGUGAAGAGACCGACUUUCUGCAAAGACCUUCUGCGUUUUAAAUAAACCCACCAGGACUGGAAUGAAGCUGUGUCCGACCGACAGCCGGUCUUCCUUCGGUGCACAGCUGAAGAGCGCUGCGUGGUUUGAAGGGUUUGAACAUGAAAAGGACUCACUUCCCACCUGCAUUCGCCAUUCGGGAGGCUGCGCUGGCCCUACAAUACCUGUUCUUCUCGGUGCAUCUGCCUCGGGGCCCGCGCUGGUGUCGGGGUGCUGCCUGCCCGGCCCCACGCCGCUUCUGCGGUCAGCCGUCCUGAGGGCUUUAAAAUACUAAAAUAACGAUGUAGUUUGGGAGCGCAGCGACGGCGCUGCUUUCUGAUCCCUUCCUUCGGAAUGCAAAGGCUUAACGUUUUUCGAGGUAUGGAUUUGGGGGGGGGGGAAUGACUGCAUCUGGAUGCCGGCGGGACGGGAAGCGAGAGGACACGGAGCCCUGCGAGGCGGCAGGACCCCCGUGGCGAGUCGGGCGGUGCUGCGCCCCUGGGGGAGGGCCGUCGGUGUUCAUCGGCACGGAGAGGAACGUCUCCAGCCAGGUGUGUAGGAGUGGAAAGCCUUGCCCAACCUGUGCUCCCGAGGAAGGCGUGCGCUCCGCGGGCUCUGCCGGGCUCUGAUGGAGAUGCGCCGGCAUUAUUCACCUACUAAUCUCGGCGAUCGGGGUCUGCCUUUUUCUUUUAUAACUUUUCAUGCGCUGUUAAAACUGAGAGGAAGGAUUACCUAUGUGAAAACUAACGAAAAAGAAGUACUGAACGUUCGUGUCUGGCCAAGAAAAUCAUUAUUUUGUUAUAUGUGCCAGUUUGAUUUCAGAGUUGAUAGAGCAAGCAAUAAAUACUGAAUAAAAGCUGAUCCAUUUAUAUACAA